GAAAUUUCUCACUCUCAAUUUCUCUAUUUAAAAAAAAAAAAAACCUCCCUUUCCCUUUCUCUCUUAGAAAUGGAAGAAGAAGAUCAACGCAAAGUCACAGAUCUAGUAGUCGACCUAGUUCGUCGCUUACUACCCCAACAAAACCCUAACUCUCCUCAUUUCUCCCAAUCUCUUCGUUACGCUCUCCGCAUUCUCUCCAGUUGUUUGAACCCUUCCAUUUCCCCCGAUGCCGACGCCAUCGCCGAAUCCAUCAAGCGCCGUCUUGCCACUCUUGGUAACUCCUCUGAUGCCCUUACUUUCGCUGAUCUCUACACCAAAUUCGCUUCCAAAAAUGGCCCCGGUAGCGUUCAUAACAAAUGGGCCGUUCUUUAUUUGCUUAAAAUUAUAUCCGAGGAUCGAAAAACCGCCAAAAACGGGAUGGAUUUUUCGUUUCUCUUGCCUAAUCUAGGGUUAAAUGAUGAUGAAAUGGGAAAUAAUGUAAGGGUUUUGAAUGGUAAAGAUAAUAGAGAAAAGGGUUGGAAAAAUGGGGUUUUAUUGGUUUCAAAAGACCCUGAAAAUUUACGUGAAAUUUCGUUUAGGGAGUUUGGGAAUUUGGUUAAAGAAGAGAAUGAGGUGACUGAAGAGGUUUUGGUUAGAGAUGUACUGUAUGCUUGUCAAGGGAUUGAUGGCAAGUAUGUGAAAUUUGAUAGUAACUUGGGUGGUUAUGCCUUAUUGGAUUCGGUUAAGGUACCUAGAGCAACUCGAAUUAUUGUUAGGAAGCUUUGUGAAUUAGGGUGGUUGUUUAGGAAAGUUAAAGGAUAUAUUUCCGAGAGUAUGGAUCGCUUUCCUGCUGAAGAUGUGGGGGCUGUGGGGCAGGCAUUUUGUGCUGCUUUGCUGGAUGAGUUGUCAGAGUAUUAUAAGUUAUUGGCUGUGCUAGAGGCUCAGUCGAUGAAUCCGAUUCCAUUAGUUUCGGAGAAUGCAAGUUCCGGGAAUUAUUUGUCCUUGAGGAGAUUGUCAGUUUGGCUUGCUGAGCCAAUGGUGAAAAUGAGAUUAAUGGCUGUUUUAGUUGAUAAGUGUAAAGUUUUGAGGGGUGGUGCAAUGGCUAGCUCUAUUCAUUUGCAUGCACAGCAUGGUGACCCUCUUGUUCAUGACUUCAUGAGGCAAUUGCUUAGGAGGGUUUGUUCUCCUCUUUUCGAAAUGGUGAGGAGUUGGGUUUUGGAAGGGGAAUUGGAGGAUAUUUUUGCUGAGUUCUUUAUUGUGGGGCAACCAGUGAAAGCUGAAUCCCUUUGGAGAGAAGGUUACCGUCUGCAUGCUGGAAUGUUGCCUUCGUUCAUUUCACAGUCUCUUGCUCAACGUAUUCUGAGGACUGGAAAGUCUAUUAAUUUUCUUCGUGUCUGUUGUGAUGACCGAGGUUGGGCUGCUGCUGCAACAGAGGCUGCAGCUGCUGCUGGAACUACAACCAGAAGAGGGGGUCUUGGAUAUGGAGAGACUGAUGCACUUGAAUCUCUAGUCAUGGAAGCAGCUAAGAGAAUUGAUAAGCAUUUGUUGGAUGUUAUAUACAAGAGGUAUAAGUUUAAAGAACACUGUCUUGCAAUCAAGCGAUAUUUGCUGCUUGGGCAGGGUGAUUUUGUGCAGUACCUGAUGGAUAUUGUUGGACCAGAGCUUUCUGAGCCUGCUAAUACUAUUAGUUCCUUCAAGCUAGCUGGAUUACUGGAAAGUGCAAUUCGGUCAUCUAAUGCUCAGUAUGAUGAUCCUGACAUACUAGAUCGGUUGAGGGUUAAGAUGAUGCCUCAUGGUUCUGGAGACCGUGGCUGGGAUGUGUUCUCAUUGGAAUAUGAUGCUAGGGUUCCGCUAGAUACAGUGUUUACUGAAUCUGUCAUGAUGAGGUAUUUAAGAAUUUUUAAUUUUCUAUGGAAGCUUAGACGGGUGGAGCAUGCACUCAUUGGUGCUUGGAAGACAAUGAAACCCAAUUGUAUUACUUCUCAUGCAUUCACAAAGCUGCAACGUGCAGUGAAAUUGCAAUUGCUAUCAACAUUGAGGCGAUGCCAGGUUCUUUGGGAUGAGAUGAAUCAUUUUGUUACAAACUUGCAAUACUAUAUCAUGUUUGAAGUCUUGGAAGUGUCAUGGUCCAAUUUUUCCAAUGAAAUGGAAGUAGCCAAAGAUCUUGAUGAUCUACUUGCAGCACAUGAAAAGUACCUCCACUCAAUUGUAGAAAAAUCACUCCUAGGUGAACGAUCACAAACCCUUUACAAGUCACUGUUUGUCCUGUUUGACCUUAUACUACAAUUUAGAUACCAUGCAGAUCGAUUAUAUGAAGGAAUUCAUGAGUUGCAAGCAAGAACUGUGGAAUCCUCUUUAAACUCUCGAGACAAAAAAAAAUCAAGGAGGCAAGAAAAGGAUAAAUCUUCAGAGCCAGGGUCUUGGAUUAGUGAAGGCAGGAAAGCCCUAACACAACGUGCUAGUGAAUUCCUUCAAAAUAUGGGACAAGAUCUAGAAGCAUUAGCUACAGAGUAUCUGACAUUGUAUCUUGCAUAUCAGAUGGUGUGCUUUCUGAAGGCUUGUUUGGAACUUAGCAGUUGAGUUGAAGCCUCGCCUUUCGGAGUUGACGGUUGCUCAUUCGGCAAAGAAGCUGAAUCUGAUUAUGUGGAACAAGGUUUUUCAUCCAAGCGUCUGUCUAGCUAAAACUGUAAAAGUUUUGAACUUGGGUUUCUGAUUUGCCUUCUCUUGUUCUUUCCCUGAACCAUUUUUAGCUGCACACUUUUCUGGCCCUUUAUAAUCCAAAGGAGGAUCAAAUGCAACAGAACACUUGGUUUCUACUGUCGAUGUAACGAUUCAUACUCUCAUGGCUGAUCAUUAUUGUAUAAUCCAUUGUUAGGCAAGAGCACGUGCAGAUUUUCUUCCAGCACAGAUUUUGAAUUUGAGAUGACCAGGAAGCUUGAGAUAUAUUCCCUUUUCCAGCUUUCUAGUUUUCAUAUACAUGACAUAGCCUUCGUGCAGUUGCAUGUUCUUCAUCAUCCAAUCUGGCAAGAAAACUGUACCCCCUUCCUCGCCAGUGUAAUCGAGAACCCCUCGGUGGGAAACCUUCCCUAUGGAUUGCUUCUGAAUGAAUCUCAGACAUUUGUUGAGGCAUGGGGAUUUGAGUUACCAUGAGAGGCAUGAGUGCCUUGGCAGCAAGCAUAAUAAUAAUAAUGAUGAUGAUCUAAUUACCAAUCUCUAGAUGUUCUUAUGAUCUGAUUACCAAUCUCUAGAUGUUCUUUUUCAACAAAAGAAAGUGGAAAACAACCAUAAACACUUUCUUUUCCAGUUAACUGUGCAUAGUAAUAAAGGCAUAUGUAGUUAGCCUAACGAGUUAUUAUAAAAGCCUCUAAUCGCCUUGGCCAAGCAAUUAAAGCGUCUGCCUGCCAAGUACAUAGAAUUUGCUCAGGCGACGACUUAUUUUCGUUUCA